AUAUAAAUGAAAGUUUUAGUUUAAUGCCAUAAUAAUGGAAUACAACAACGAAAAAGACAAUCUGGACGCUGUUCCGUCAAUGGAGGGCGAAGAAGAUGACAAUGAACGCGAUUUCAAAGUGCUCUUGAGUGAUAACCAAAGCCUAAUGAAGCGUUUGCAAGAGUUUAAGAAAGCAUGCGAUGAACAUGAAAAACAUGCACGUAAACGUUGCAAACGUCGCUACUACAAUCUUGGCCUAAUGGCGCGCAUUGUUAUGGAAACUACCGAUGAUGAGCUAAACAGUCUAUUGAAAAAUGGUGUGCGCACAUUUCUUAUCGAUACAGUGACUAGCAGACGUAACGAAUUCGAACAGAUCCUUAUACGUACAAAAACCAUAGUUGAUCAAUUCCAAGAAAAGGAGCCAAAAUUUCAACUUCCAAUCGGAAUAGCAUUACAAUUUCAGGGCGACUGCUGUCGAAUAGGACGUUUACGUAACAAUUGCUCGGUUUUGCUACAUCGUAGUGAUGUUAUGUCAUUAACACUGGACGAAUCCUACCGCUAUUGCAGUUAUCGGGAGAUCGCUUAUGUAAUAAAUUUAAAGUAUUACUUCAAAACAUUAAAACUGGGCGAUAUAAUAUCAAUCGGCAAUGAAGUGAAGGGAAAAAUUGUGAAAAAACUUAAGAACAACGUGGCAGUGAUAAUUGAAGAUGCCGGCAUAAUUAAUUCUUACGAAUAUAUCGAGAUACCAAAUCAGUGCUAUACACUGUCAGACGAAACGUUUCCCGACAUGUUUAUGGACGAUUUACAACUGGCGAUGCAGGCAAAAGCUGACUUCCUUGUAUUGCCGCGCGUUCGUUGCAAGCCAUUUCUUCGUGCUUUGCGUCAAAGUCUCAAGGAUGAUUUUGAUUUUAAACUGAUUGGCACAAUAGAUCUAGAAUUCAUUAGUUCAAAGAUGCUCGACUUAAUGGGGACCGUUAAGCUACUUGAUUAUGUAUGGAUACAAGAUAUGUUUAGUGCUACUGCUUCAUUACAAAACCAAAUAUUUACCAAUUUAAUACCUUUGGCGAAAUGUUUAAAAAAGCCUAUUAUAGGCACCAUACCGCUGGAGCGUUGUAGCGACUUUAAACGAUUUGAAAACCAUGAUUUUCUUUGGCGUAUAGACACAAUAUUUAUACAAAAGAGUACUUGGUGUAACAAAUACCCACUGAUCGUGAAGAAAUUGUUGCCGCUAAAGGAUUUUCACAGAGCUGUAGUUGAGAAUACAGCGGCUUUAAAGAGUAUUUUAUCUUCAUAUCAAAGCAUAGUUAAUUUCAUCAUACGUACGAUCAGUUCAGUAGAAUGUCAAGCGAUAGUAAUGCACAGUAAAUGCGAAACUGCUGCUGUGGCACUGGGGCGUGUGGAAAUUUACUGCCCCGUUCUUAUGAUGUUGCCCUUUGAUGAUAUUGAGGAAAAUGAAUUUCAAUGUAAACUGAAAUUGGCCAAGGCACUGAAUAUGCGGCGUAAUUUGCGUGGAAUUAUGUAUUCAAAGGAAAUGAAUGAGGGUAAUCUCAGCCCUAUCGAAUAUGGCAUCGAGUACGGACGUAGUACUGGCUUACUGGAAACUGGUGAUUUUGUAAUUACACUGGAUGUUUGUAAGGAAGAUGAAGAUGGCAUACACUUUGGUAUUAAUGAAGAUGUUGUCAUACUUCGCGCUUUCUAUUUACAACCAGCUCCGAUUGCUGAAAAAUUCAUGUACUCUUAA